AUGUCAACCGGUCAAACUGAGCAGAGUAAUAAGGGUACAGAUGUUAGAUCUUUGAUUGAUGCUGUUGGAAAUGCAGGCGUGGAUAUUGAAGCUGAGCACGAAGCUAUCCUCCAAUCAAAUGAUAUUCUACAAUCCAGAUAUGGCUUACCCACCAGGCACAACAGAUCACGUACUCAAGACUUUCUCAACAACUCCAUCCUCAGGGAUAAAAUUAGAGCAGCUGCCGCUCCACACCAGUUGCAACGCGUCGACGAGGAUUGCUUGCAGUUUCUAGCCCUAGCAACCCAAGCACGCUUGAGGCACUUAAUUGAACUUAUGAUCCAAGCCAAUCACCAUCGCAGUGCAUCAUCACAUGUAAACGCACCUACAAUUAUACACGGUGAUCCUCUAUACUCCCAGUCUAUUCGCACUGACACGGAUAAACAACUUCAAGCCCUCGAGAAGAUUGAAAGGGAGGAUGAGACAAAGGCUAGACGUGAGCGUGUCGAGCGUAUCACGGUAGAAAGAGAAGAAAAACAAUUCCUUCAAUCUCAACAACAACAACAACAACUCGUCGAAGAAGACGACCAGAAGAAAAAAAAGAGGAAAAAAGAUAUGUCUACAGCCAAGAACAUGUCCGAUGACGUACAGAAGAAGUUAUCUGACCAGACUGCUUUAAGGAGUGCUGGUUUGGCUCCCAAGUACAGCUGGCUCACUGGUGGUGCUGUUCCUUCCCCCCGGUCCUCAUCGAACCUCCCAAAACCAAAAUUUCAGCCACAACAAAGUAAUUUAAAUAUAAAGACAUCACAGCAGAAAACUCUUGGUCCACCGCCACACGAUGCACACCUCGAAAGUGGCACAAUCAACUUGAAUGACGCUCUAUUCGCGUUGGAGAGGGAGCGAGGUAUGGGCGCUGGACGUGGGUCAGGCCAGAUGACGGCGUGGAAGAGGUACAUAACCUCUGCGCCUGAGGAGUAUUAA